AGGGCAGGGAUAGAGUUUCUCCCGGUAAGAGAACUCUUUGACCGCCAUAGCUUCUGUUUCUCCUCCCCUGUGACUCAAUACAUGCGACAUUUCACCGAGAGGAACAAGACUCUUUUUGUUGGAUUAUGAUUUAUUUUGACUUUUCAAUUUAUAGAAUAGACUCAUGGUGAUCGCCAGGUGCACACCGCGGUCGCUCCCCGGCGUCGUGUUACCUCACACGGGGCACCAUGGGCUCGUAAGAUGCCUUCUCUGUGGAAACGGAUAACGUUCUCGGUGGCCUCUGUGCUCUGUGUCGGCUCGGUGGUCCUCUUGGUCGUGGCCCUCGCCACGGAGCGUUGGGUCACCGGGCGGAUCCUGUGUAAGACCGGAGCGGAGAUAGUGAACGCAUCCCAUCCGGAGCUGGACCAGUUCAUCGGGGAGAUUUACUACGGCCUGUUCCAGGGAGGAAAGAGCAAGAGGUGUGGGCUCGGGAAGAGGCGCUCCAAAAUAUUCAUUUUCCCAAAGCUUGUGCGAACAUUGAACAGUGGCCUUCACAUGAUGGUGAUCCUCUUCUUGCUGGUGGCCAUUGGCUUCGCUCUGGUCAGUCUGUCUUUCUGCAUUUACAACGCACGCAAGGUUCCCUACCAGAGCAUCAAGGGGCACAAAGGACUCUACCUGUGGAACUUCAUUGCUGCUCUUUUCGGUGCCCUGGGUGUGUUGUGUUUCCUGGCAGCCAUGAGACACCACCAUCUGACCGAGCGGGUAGCGAACUAUCAGGAGAACCUCUUCGUCCUGGUGGUCCUGGAUGACGGCCUGGACUUGUCAUUCUGGCUGGGCGUGGGCAGCGUUGCGACUCACUUUGCUGUCUGCGGAGUGGUUGCCAUGAGCCGGAUCAAGCUGCCCAAACCGGAGAUCAAGAAACCUGAAGAACCCACCAUCUCUUCUCUGGACCUGCUCUACUGAAGGACCAAACCAGGAGCAUCAUGUUAGCACUUCCAUCACUUACGCUUGACAAACCACCGACUGUCAUAUUGCUGAGUGGAUACAACACUGUGCCAGAGCCCCUGUGCUUUGUAGGCCACAUAACUUAUGGUUCAUUAUAUAAUCAGAAUUUAGCCUCAUGACUGAUUUCACAUCAACUGACACAACAAAACAUGUUGUCUUGUCAGUGAGAGACAAAGGUGUUGACCUGCUUCCUCCAAAAGCCUGGACUGUGAUGAUGGUGGUGUGGAUCACACUGUUGGAGUGAAUGAACAGUCAAAGUCAAGUCCACAUUCUCUUUAUCUAAUCAUACAUCAACAAUCAAUUCAAAUGAUUAAACACAGAAAAGAGAUUAAUCUUGUAUUUUAGACAGGCAUGUUUUAGACUUUGUAGAUUAGCAUGGAGAAACAGAAAAUACAUUUUGGGUAAAAAUGUACAAAAAUAAAAUUCUGGACAUCUUGUGCUGUAUAUUCUCUCAAUAGCUGCAUGUGUAAAUACAUUAUUGUUUUUUUAUUGUAUGUAUCGUCAGUAAUAGGUUGUCAGAAUAAAGUCUGUAGUCAGUCUUAUACAGUAAUUUAUCAUUACAGUGAUUUAUUGUAGUUAGUUGCAAUCCUGCAACCAUGACCAUGUAUUUCAUAGUGAAUGAAGGGCUUACAUGUGAUCAUCUUUAAAUGAAACUGUACAAGUAAAGGUGUUUAACUUUAGAAAAUUGUUCAUAAAUCUUGGUCUCAUCUGAAGUAGUGGGUUGCUAUGCAGGUUCAAAGAAGAAUGAUUUUUGUACAUGUUUUAGUUAAUCGGCACAAAUAAUCGUGUGCUCAUGUGUUGAGUUUACUGAAUGUCUUCAAGUAUUUUCUCCAAGAUUUUCUCUUAUUCAGUUAAACUGGAGCUGGAAAAUAACAAACUUCUGACCAACAUGAAUUUACUAUAAAAUAAACAAUUACUUAAAGUG